AUGGGUGUUCGGGCUCCACGCUCCUCGCAGGCGGCGUUUCCGAUGAAGGGAAACGACCGUUUGCCACUGGGAUUCUUGAUGGUGGAGCUGCUCAGAGAGAACCGCAGACGGCCCGUGCAGGGCCUCGUCAGCGGCGGCCAGCAGCGCCGCGUGUCCCUGGCGGUGGCGCUGAUGCACCAGCCGCCUUUCCUCAUCCUGGACGAGCCCACCGUGGGUCUGGACCCGGUGCUGCGCGAGGCCAUUUGGCGCUACUUCCUCGUGCUGUCCGAGGAGGAUGGCGUCACGCUCCUCGUCACCACGCACUUCAUCGAGGAGAUCGCGAAAGCCGCCAUGGUGGGCGUGAUGAAGAACGGCAAGAUCUGGUGUGAGCGGCCGCCGACCGAGCUCAUGGAGAUGUACGGGGCGGCCACACUGGCAAAUUCCUACCUCAAGGUGUGCCAGGCGCUAGACUUUCUACCUCCGCCCGCCGAAAAACAGGCGCCGCCAAUCGCCGAAAAGCAGAAGGCGACGCCCGAGAAGCCACAGCCGGUCCCCGAAAAGCCGCAGCCAGUCAGCGAGACUGUGCACUCGAAGCCCGAGCCACUGCGGCGCCCGCGCCUGGCCCCUGGCACGCCCGUGCAGCCGUGCCCUGUGCCGGAGUCGCUGCUCACAACUUGCUGA